UGUAAAGUACUCUUUAAGCAUUCAAAUGGGAAUGAGCUUACGCUGAAAAAAUUCGAAUUAAAAAAGAAAUAUUUACAAUAAAUUGUGCUAGAUAAUAAAAAUAAUAACUAAAAAAAGUGCUAGCCAGCGUCAAAUAGAAUCGAAAGAGAAGAUUUAAAAGCGAAAGGAAGAACAAAACUAGAAAGAACAACAAAACUAAGAGUAAAUAAAAAAGAAUCCCAUUUUACAAUUAUUAAAAAGAAACGAACGAACGAAGCAACCACAUUUUUGACACAGAAUGGAGAAUUUUACUCCGAAAGAGGUGAAAAUCCUCGAAACCGUUGAGGAUAUUCAAGAACGUCGUGAGCAGGUACUCUCUCGAUACAAUGACUUUAAAAUCGAGACCAGACACAAGCGUGAGAAGCUCGAAGAUUCGCGUCGCUUUCAAUACUUUAAGCGUGAUGCCGAUGAGUUGGAAAGCUGGAUUAACGAGAAAUUGCAAGCGGCCAGCGAGGAAAGUUAUCGUGACCCAACAAAUUUGCAGGCCAAAAUACAGAAGCAUCAGGCUUUCGAGGCUGAAGUAUCAGCUCACAGCAAUGCAAUUGUUUCGUUGGACAACACCGGUCAGGAGAUGAUCAAUCAGCAGCAUUUUGCUUCGGAAACCAUUCAGAAGCGCCUUGAUGAACUCCAUCGGUUGUGGGAGUUGUUAUUGAGUCGUUUGGCCGAAAAGGGUCAGAAAUUGCAGCAGGCUUUAGUGUUGGUGCAGUUUUUGCGUCAAUGCGAAGAAGUCAUGUUCUGGAUCAAGGACAAGGAGGCAUUUGUGACUGCCGAUGAAUUCGGACAGGAUUUGGAGCAUGUCGAAGUAUUACAGCGCAAAUUUGACGAGUUCCAAAAGGAUAUGGCUUCGCAAGAGUACCGCGUUACAGAAGUUAAUCAGUUAGCUGAUAAGCUGAUUCAAGAUGGUCAUCCAGAGCGAGACACAAUCACCAAGAGGAAGGAAGAGUUAAAUGAGGCUUGGCAGAGAUUGAAGCAGUUGGCCAUCGUUAGGCAGGAGAAACUUUUCGGAGCACAUGAGAUUCAGCGCUUCAAUCGCGAUGCCGACGAGACUGUUGCAUGGAUUUCCGAGAAGGAUGUGGUUUUAUCGUCCGACGACUAUGGACGUGAUUUGGCUAGUGUGCAGACUCUGCAGAGAAAGCAUGAGGGGGUUGAGCGUGAUUUGGCUGCCUUGGAAGACAAAGUGUCGACCCUUGGCGCUGAGGCUCAACGUCUUUGCUCGAUUCACUCGGACCACAGUGACCAGAUUCGUGAUAAGCAAUCUGAGAUUGCCGAUUAUUGGCAGAGUCUUACAGCCAAGGCUAGAGAGCGUAAGCAGAAACUCGACGAGUCGUACUACUUGCACCGAUUCUUGGCCGAUUUCCGUGACUUGGUAUCAUGGAUCAAUGGCAUGAAGGCAAUCAUCUCUGCCGAUGAGUUGGCUAAGGAUGUUGCUGGUGCUGAAGCCCUAUUGGAACGUCACCAAGAGCAUAAGGGAGAGAUUGAUGCCCGUGAAGACAGUUUCAAGCUAACUACCGAAUCCGGACAGAAGUUGUUGGAGCGUGAACAUUAUGCCGCCGCCGAAAUCCAAGAAAAGUUGGCUGCUCUGGAAAAUGACAAGAGUUCGCUGUUGUCCCUGUGGGAGGACCGUCGUAUUCUGUACGAGCAGUGCAUGGACUUGCAGUUGUUCUAUCGUGACACUGAACAAGCCGACACUUGGAUGGCAAGGCAAGAGGCAUUCUUGGCAAAUGAAGAUCUUGGUGAUUCACUUGAUUCCGUAGAAGCUUUGAUCAAGAAGCACGAAGACUUCGAGAAGAGCUUGGCUGCUCAGGAGGAAAAAAUUAAGGCCUUGGACAUCUUUGCUACCAAGCUGAUUGAUGGACAGCAUUAUGCAGCUGAUGAUGUUGCUCAGCGGCGUCAAAUGCUUCUCAACCGCCGAUUGGCUUUGCAGGAGAAAUCAUCCAGACGUCGACAGUUGUUGGACGACUCAAAUCGUUACCAGCAAUUCGAAAGGGAUUGUGAUGAGACUAAGGGAUGGAUAAGCGAAAAACUGAAGUUCGCCACUGAUGACAGCUAUUUGGAUCCCACAAACUUGAACGGAAAAAUGCAAAAGCACCAAAACUUCGAACACGAGCUGAAUGCCAAUAAGUCCCGCAUUGAGGACAUCACAACCGUGGGAACCGAGUUGAUCGAGAAGAAGCAUUAUGCUGCCGAUCAGAUUAACACCAGGAUGCAAGAAGUUGUGGUUCUUUGGGAAACUCUGGUGCGAGCAUCAGACAAGAAAGGUUGCAAAUUGCAAGAAGCUUGCCAGCAGCAACAAUUUAACCGAACCAUUGAGGACAUCGAGUUGUGGUUGAGCGAGAUCGAAGGGCAAUUGUUGUCAGAAGAUCAUGGAAAGGAUUUGACAUCCGUUCAGAAUUUACAAAAGAAGCACGCUCUGUUGGAGGCCGAUGUUAUGGCCCAUCAAGACCGCAUUGAGAGCAUCAAAGUGAAUGCCAAUAAGUUCAUCGAAUCUGGACAUUUUGACGCCGAUAACAUCAAGAACAAAGAAUCAAACUUGACAGCUCGCUACUCAGCUUUGGCAGCACCAAUGGGAGAACGUAAACAGCAUUUGUUGGACUCCCUUCAGGUGCAGCAAUUGUUCAGAGAUCUUGAAGACGAAGCUGCUUGGAUCCGUGAGAAGGAGCCCAUUGCUGCUUCUACCAACCGUGGUCGUGACUUGAUUGGUGUGCAGAAUCUCAUCAAAAAACAUCAAGCUGUCUUGGCUGAAGUUAAUAACCAUGAUGCUCGUCUUGCUAAUGUCAUUAGUUCAGGAGAGAAUCUAUUGAAGGAUCAACCAUUCGCCAGUGAGGACAUUCGUCAAAGGUUGGAUACUCUGCAAGAGCAAUGGAACUCAUUGAAGGAGAAAUCCAACCAACGCAAGCAGGACUUGGAAGAUUCCCUUCAGGCUCAUCAAUACUUUGCUGAUGCAAAUGAAGCAGAAUCCUGGAUGCGUGAGAAGGAACCCAUUGCCACCGGUAAUGAUUAUGGCAAGGAUGAAGAUUCCUCUGAGGCGCUUCUUAAGAAACACGAAGCUUUAGUGUCUGACUUGGAGGCUUUCGGAAACACCAUCCAAGGACUGCAAGAACAAGCUAAGAAUUGUCGCCAGCAAGAAACUCCCGUAGUGGACAUCACCGGAAAGGAAUGCGUUGUAGCUUUGUAUGACUACUCUGAGAAGUCCCCUCGCGAGGUAUCCAUGAAGAAGGGAGAUGUUUUGACACUCCUCAACUCCAACAACAAGGACUGGUGGAAGGUUGAAGUAAAUGACCGUCAAGGUUUCGUUCCAGCUGCAUACAUUAAGAAAAUCGAAGCUGGACUCAGCGCCAGUCAGCAGAAUCUUGUGGACAACCAUUCGAUUUCAAAGAGGCAAAACCAAAUCAACUCGCAAUAUGACAACCUACUGGCUUUGGCUAGGGAACGUCAAAACAAGCUUAACGAGACCACAAAGGCCUACGUGUUGGUCCGUGAAGCCGCUGAUUUGGCUGCUUGGAUCAAGGACAAGGAGAACCAUGCCCAGAUUGCCGACGUUGUUGGAGAAGAUCUUGAGGAAGUUGAAGUGUUGCAAAAGAAAUUCGACGAUUUCAAUGACGAUCUUAAGGCUAACGAAGUGCGUUUAGCCAAUAUGAAUGAAAUCGCCGUCCAGUUGACAUCUCUGGGCCAAACUGAAGCAGCCCUGAAAAUCCAAACCCAGAUGCAAGAUUUGAACGACAAGUGGACUAACUUGCAACAAUUGACGGCUGAAAAGGCCAGCCAGUUGGGAUCGGCACAUGAAGUGCAACGUUUCCAUCGUGACAUUGACGAGACGAAGGAUUGGAUUGCUGAAAAGGAGAACGCCCUCAACAAUGAUGAUCUUGGAAAGGACUUACGCAGCGUACAGACUCUGCAGAGGAAGCACGAGGGAGUUGAACGUGAUUUGGCCGCUUUGCGCGAUAAGAUUCGUCAGCUCGACGAAACUGCAAACCGUUUGAUGCAAUCUCAUCCCGACACCGCCGAUCAAACUUACAACAAGCAAAAGGAAAUCAACGAGAUGUGGGAUCAAAUCAUCACCAAGGCCACCACUCGCAAAGAGAAGUUGCUGGAUUCAUACGACUUGCAGCGAUUCCUCAGCGAUUACCGUGACUUAUUGGCCUGGAUCAACUCGAUGAUGGGACUCGUGACAUCUGAUGAACUCGCCAACGAUGUAACCGGUGCUGAGGCACUAAUUGAACGCCACCAGGGUCAUCGCGCCGAAAUUGAAUUCCUUAAUGGAAUCAAUCUAUUGCCAGAGGAACACCGUACAGAAAUUGAUGCCCGUUCUGGAACCUUUGCUGCAUUCGAGCAGUUCGGCUCUGAGCUUCUGCAGGCAAAUCACUAUGCUUCACCUGAAAUCAGGGAGAAGAUUGACGAUUUGGCUAAGACAAGGGAGAAUUUGGAGAAGGCAUGGACCGAACGUCGUUUGCAGUUGGAGCAGAAUCUUGACUUGCAGUUGUACAUGCGCGAUUGUGAACAAGCUGAAAACUGGAUGUCUGCUCGUGAGGCAUUCUUGAAUGCCGAGGAAGUCGACUCAAAGGGCGACAAUGUUGAGGCUUUGAUUAAGAAGCACGAGGACUUUGACAAGGCCAUCAAUGGCCAUGAGGAGAAGAUAGCAGCUUUGCAAGUGUUGGCCGACACUCUGAUUGCACAGAAUCACUAUGCUGCUAAUUUGAUCGAUGACAAGCGCAAGCAGGUUUUGGAACGCUGGCGUCAUCUUAAGGAGGGAUUGAUCGAAAAGCGUUCUCGUUUGGGAGAUGAGCAGACAUUGCAGCAAUUUUCACGCGAUGCUGAUGAAAUUGAGAACUGGAUCGCCGAAAAGUUGCAAUUGGCCAAGGAAGAGAGCUACAAAGAUCCAGCCAACAUUCAAUCCAAGCACCAAAAGCAUCAAGCCUUCGAGGCUGAGUUGGCUGCCAACGCUGAUCGUAUCCAAAGUGUAUUGGCAAUGGGUGAGAAUUUGAUUGACAAGAAGCAGUGCAGUGGCUCUGAAGAUGCUGUUCAAAAGCGUCUUACCCAAAUCGCUGACCAAUGGGAAUACCUUACCCACAAGACUACUGAGAAGUCGUUGAAACUUAAAGAAGCUAACAAACAACGAACAUACAUUGCUGCUGUCAAGGAUUUGGACUUCUGGUUGGGUGAAGUAGAAAGCCUGCUGACAACCGAGGAUGCUGGAAAGGAUCUUGCUUCCGUUCAAAACCUGAUGAAGAAGCAUCAACUUGUUGAGGCCGAUAUCCUUGCUCAUGAAGACCGCAUCAAGGACAUGAACAACCAAGCCGAUUCUUUGGUAGAUAGUGGUCAGUUUGACAGUGCUGGAAUUCAAGAAAAACGUCAAAGCAUCAAUGAACGUUAUGAGCGCAUCUGCAAUUUGGCUGCCCAUCGCCAGGCUCGUUUGAAUGAAGCCCUUACUCUGCACCAGUUCUUCCGCGAUAUUGCCGACGAAGAGAGUUGGAUCAAGGAGAAGAAGUUAUUGGUUGGCUCCGAUGAUUACGGUCGCGAUUUGACCGGAGUGCAAAACUUGAAGAAGAAGCAUAAGCGUUUGGAAGCUGAGUUGGCUUCUCAUGAGCCAGCAAUUCAAGCCGUCCAAGAGGCUGGAGAGAAACUUAUGGAUGUUUCAAAUUUGGGAGUACCCGAAAUCGAACAAAGAUUGAAGGCUCUCAACCAAGCAUGGGCAGAACUCAAGAAUUUGGCUGCCACUCGUGGACAAAAACUCGAUGAAUCAUUGACUUAUCAACAAUUCUUGGCCCAGGUCGAAGAGGAAGAAGCUUGGAUUACCGAGAAGCAACAACUGUUGUCCGUUGAUGAUUAUGGUGAUUCCAUGGCUGCUGUUCAGGGUCUCUUGAAGAAGCACGAUGCUUUUGAAACUGAUUUCGCUGCACACAAAGAUCGCUGCUCGUUGAUUUGCGAGCAAGGUUCUGACUUAGUAGAGGCCAAGAACCACCACGGAGAAUCGAUUGCCCAAAGAUGCCAGCAACUUCGUUCUAAGCUGGAGAAUUUGAACUCCUUGGCAGCCAGACGCAAGGGAGCUUUGUUGGAUAACUCAGCCUACUUGCAGUUCAUGUGGAAGGCAGAUGUUGUUGAAAGUUGGAUUGCCGACAAAGAAAACUAUGUUCGAUCAGAUGAAUAUGGCCGUGAUUUGUCCACGGUUCAAACGCUUUUGACAAAACAAGAGACAUUCGAUGCUGGUCUCAAUGCCUUUGAACAGGAGGGAAUCCAUAACAUCACAGCCCUUAAAGAUCAACUGAUCAAUGCAAAUCACGCUCAAUCGCCAGCAAUCCUCAAGCGUCACGAGGAUGUUCUUUCGCGUUGGCAAAAACUUCGCGAUGCUUCCGAGACACGCAAACAGCGCCUUCUUGCCAUGCAAGAGCAAUUCCGUCAAAUCGAGGAGUUGUACUUGACAUUCGCCAAGAAGGCUUCGGCAUUCAACUCAUGGUUCGAGAAUGCCGAAGAGGAUCUUACCGAUCCAGUUCGUUGUAAUUCAAUCGAAGAAAUUCGUGCCCUUCGUGAGGCUCAUGCCCAAUUCCAGGCAUCUUUGUCAUCGGCUGAGGCUGACUUCAAAGCUCUCGCUGCCCUCGACCAGAAGAUUAAGAGUUUCAAUGUUGGACCAAAUCCAUAUACCUGGUUCACAAUGGAGGCCCUCGAAGAGACUUGGCGUAAUUUGCAAAAGAUCAUCGAGGAACGUGAUGGUGAGUUAGCCAAGGAGGCCAAACGUCAAGAAGAGAAUGACAAACUUAGAAAGGAAUUUGCCAAACAUGCCAAUCUAUUCCAUCAAUGGUUAACUGAAACAAGAUAUUAUAUGCUCGGUUAUAAUGGUCAAGGAACAUCUAUGAUGGAAGGAUCUGGUUCUCUGGAACAACAACUGGAAGCCCUUCGUAUUAAAGCCUCCGAAGUGCGUGCACGUCGUGUCGAUUUGAAGAAAAUCGAAGAGCUCGGUGCACUUCUAGAGGAGCAUCUAAUUUUGGACAAUCGUUACACAGAACACUCAACUGUCGGCCUGGCCCAGCAAUGGGAUCAAUUGGAUCAACUAUCAAUGAGAAUGCAACACAAUUUGGAACAACAAAUUCAAGCCAGAAACCAUUCGGGAGUAUCAGAGGAUUCACUCAAAGAAUUCUCAAUGAUGUUCAAACACUUUGACAAAGACAAGUCCGGCAAACUUAAUCAUCAAGAAUUCAAAUCCUGUCUGCGCGCUCUUGGUUAUGAUCUGCCAAUGGUCGAUGAAGGACAACCCGACCCAGAAUUCGAGGCUAUUCUAGAUGUUGUCGAUCCCAAUCGCGAUGGAUAUGUAUCAUUGCAAGAAUAUAUUGCAUUUAUGAUUUCCAAAGAAACAGAAAAUGUUCAAAGUUAUGAAGAAAUCGAAAAUGCUUUCCGCGCUAUUACUGCCUCCGAUCGUCCCUAUGUUACAAAGGAAGAGCUUUAUUGCAACCUUACCAAGGACAUGGCGGAUUAUUGUGUUCAGCGCAUGAAACCCUACAGUGACACCCGCUCUGGCCAGUCUAUCAAAGAUGCCCUUGACUAUAUCGAUUUCACUCGAACAUUAUUCCAAAAUUAAGCAUCGCCCAACGGGAUAUGUCUUUGUUUAACGUUUUAACAUCAUAAUUUUAUUUUAGAACUUAAGUAUUUUAUGAAAGAGUCUUUAUAUUUAUAAAAAAAAAAAUCAAGUAUUUAAAACGCAAUAUUAAGUCAAGGUUUGUCCCUGCUGAUAAACAGAAACAAAAAUAUAUGUCUGCAUUUCUUUUGUUUCUUUUUUUUCUUCUUUUAACUUCUCAAGAGAAGCUUCAAUUUUAUAAAGAAUAUGUGCGCCAUGUUUUCACAACAAUUCAAAUGCAUUUACAAUAAAUAGUUUCUGCUAAGUUUACAGCUGAAAAAGCUUUUUUCAUAGAAGAACAAAUUUAUAAAAAAUUGAUGUCAUAGACAUAAUCGACGAAUUAAAAUAAAAAUAAUAAAAAAAAACAUCUACCAAACGAACCAGUGUUAUAUUUCCUUCCAAAACUAUAUUCAUACAAAUUAAAAUUUGCCUAAAAAAGAAAAACAAAAAUGUUGCGAGUAGCUUUAAAAAAUAA